CUUUGUUACCCGAGAGGUGUGUGUGUGCCGUGUUCCAUCGCACCGGGCAUCAAAACAAGCCUUUAUUGGAUCUAGAAGGGAGACACCAAUGGCACCUGCUACCUGCAUGAAAUGAAAUUCGGUUUCUGACACCCAGCCGUGUUAGGCAUAUCCCUAUCAACUCGAGGGAAUAAUUAAUAAUUUCUUUCCCUCACUUGAUCCAAAUUUCCAGCUGACCAUAUCAUACCGACCACCACCACCACCACAACCAUUUCAUUCCAGCUCUCAAUCGGCUGCAUCUUGUGUCGUGUCGCAGAUCGUUCGCUGGCAAUGCGCGCCCAAGUCAAGGAAUGCCAGUCCAUCGUUCAAUCUCGAUCAGGCGAAUGUCACCCCCAUUCCUACGCCAGGUCCAUCUAGUGUGGGAUAAAUAGUUAUUCUUUAAUACUCGUUUGAUCCACUAUUGCCCACAAGGGUCGUGUGGACAGCGCUAUUUUAAGCGGCUUCCCAUCAAUACAGUUGCUGCCCACCAAAACCGUUCGGUCAAUCCGGUUAGAAGCCAUGAGUGACGAUAACAGGGAGACAAAGGGUUUCUGGGGCUUUCUCAAGUCCAAAACAAAUCUCAACAAGGGUGACUACCGGGACGACCGCAACAAUCACCGGUCACGUGGGAGAGAUGACUUCUACGACCCAGACCCGUAUCGUGAAUCUAGUAGAAGUGUUGAUGUCAAAGGGAAAGGUCCGGAGAGGCCCGUUGCGCCAUCAUCUCCGAUAGCAGGUCGCAGGCGACGAGGACGAGGACCUCUGCACGAUUGGCCGCCUUCGGGAGUGUUGAGCCACGAGGAUCUGACCCUAGGCCACGCUCUAGACUUGAUCUCCAGAGGAGCUCCGGUAUGGAACGGUCAUAAGCGUUCCAUUCAACAUUUCCCCGAAGAGUAUUGUCACCUAUAUGCCACGACAACCCCUGGCAGCAACAGGAAUAGCAAAAAGAAGGGCAAGGACAGUCGGCAAGAUGCCAAGGACACUGAUGCCGCCAAUCUGCACAAUUCAAUGGUGCAACUCAUGACUCUGUGCUUGAUGCCACCCGGCCCUGCGGCCAAACCCUGGGAUACGGUGGAUCAGCGUCCAAGCUAUGCCUUCCACUAUGGUGUUCGUCCCGGCACUGUGACGCUUAACAGUUGGGUCUCACGUUCCAGCGUUUUGCCGCCGCCCAUGGCCCUGCGCGACUCGGGCGCGACUCCCCGCGACGCUGAUCUCGAGACGAUAUUGAAGCGGCUCCAGGAGCUCGAACUCUACGGGCUCGAAGAAGACGACGAGAAGCUCAUGUAUAGAAAUCUGUACCGAAAAUUCUUGCGAGAUCCCGAAAAGGACACCAGACCUCACAGGACGUUGGAUCUGCAAAUCACGGACUUGAUAAUGGUACUCUCACGACCAGCAAAUGGCCCCGGAGGCUGGAUUGACUACUCAGAACCCCGCAAUCAGAUUGCAACGAGAUUUCUGUUUGAUACUAGCGAGGGGAAUCACGAAAACUAUGUUAGAUUCUUCCAUCAGUUGCUGCUGAGCUGUGAGUUGGACCUUCGGAUCAACGCUCGAAAACAUAUGGAUGAAGCUCGCCAUAAGCUCUUGGUACAGUUACCUCCUUCCAUAAAGUGGAGCAUAGCACUGUCGAGGCGUUGGCUGGAUAACAUGAGGAUAGAGAAGUACGGUGAGACAGCUAAACAAGGUAUGAUCGAUCGCCGCUUUCUCCAUGAGAUCAUGUUGCAAUUUGCUAACCUGGAGCCAUGCACCAUGUCCUUCCUACCUAUGUUUGAAUAUGUAGUCAAAAUCCGGUUCAGGCUCAAGAACAGGCAAAUAAAAAUGCUCAAGCGUUUUGCCCAGAUGUUAAAAUGGCCCAAUCUUGCCGAUACAGUCGAGGAAAUAUACCAAGCCGACGACGACGACGCACUCGGCACCAUCAGUUCUCAUGCAAUGGCUUUCUUCAGCGGACUUGUUCUUCCAGGGCCUACGUUUCCAUUCCUGAUGAUGAACUCGCUGGUGGAUCUGGACCCUGACAAGGCAACGGAUGACCUCGCUCUUUUGACUCAUAUACAUCCGGCCUGUGGAUUUCAAUACCGUGGAGGCCAAACUUACUGGUCGUCAGCUUCUGUUGUGGGCAAGGUUCUCGCGCCAACGUGCAUGGAAGUCGGCGGCUGGGUGGGACCGGCACUGGGGACGACGGACUUGCCCCGUACACAGAUUGCCCGGAUCCGAACUCGGUUACCCAAGCCGACGCCUAAUGGCAGCAAUGCCUCGGUGGCAAGGACGGCCAGCCCAACCGACAAAAGGUUGAUGACGCCCGAGAAGGUCUUGUCCAUGAAAGAACGGUCUGAUCCACUCGGGCCUCCAUCGGACGUAUACCCCGUUCGCGACUAUGAUCUGCCUCUGCCGAAGGGUGAUUCAUUGGGCACCGGUGAGAUCAUCGAUUUUGUCCGGCUUGUCAAACUGACGCUUAAGCGGCUCGGUGGACCUCCACCUGAUAAUAAGCCAGUCGGCGUAGCACAGUAUGAUGCAGGAGUACAAUUCGCCAUCGACGGUGUCUCAUGGCCGCUGCGGCUCAGCUUUGACGUUGACUUCAUAUAUGCCCACCCAUGUGAGCCAAACGGCGGACCUCACCCCUUGUUCUUUGAGUAUGCCUACGUCAGUGUACCGGUCGACAGGAUUGUCGACAUCCACGACUGGGGUGGGUUAUACGGCGGAGGUCGGGACAGCUCAGCAUCAUCGUUGAGUACUGCUGGAGGCGGCCCUCGACCGCCAAGACGACCGCCACCAGUGAAGCGAGACCCCGGAGAGACGGACAAAGUACUCGUGGUUGAAGCGUUUGGAGUGCCAGACAACGAGGUGUUGGCGCGCGCUUGGUGUGCGCAUUGGGGCCUGACUGCUGUGGUUGCGGACGUGAGGAAGACAUGCAUGGCCUGUGCCAUCCGGACGGCUUAUGCAGCGACAGUGACUGUAGUGAUUUUGGUCGAAAACGUCAAGGGGGAUUUUUGAUCGGUGAUUAAUGAUACCCAGUUUAUAUUAGGAUUUCCGUAUUAAUACUAAUAAUAAGUGUGUGUGCGUGCACAUUGGAGAAGGAAGCAGGACGUUAAUGCAUUGAUUGUACUAUAUGAACUUAAGGUGUGAGG